ACUUGAUAUCGUUGCAUGUGCCUACAUGCAGUAUUAUUAUGUAGGUAGAGGUAGGUAGAGAGGGUAAGGUACCUAAGGUAUGAUGAAGAGAGCGAGAAGUCAGAGGGAGACGCGGGAUCGACAAGUACCUUAUCUGCUCAUAGGUACCUGCCUACCUCCCUUAGUACUACUAAGAUUAGCCUACAAAUCGCAUCAACACUAAAGCAUAACGCAAUCGAGGGUGAAUAAGGAGAAUAUCACGAACGGGAUGGAAAGAAACAGAAAAGAAGAAAAUGGAACGAAAGAGCGGAGGAGAUGGGGAGAAAAUUUUUUCUUCCUUUUCUUAUUUUCCCCCUGGUUCCAUCGAAAAAUCCCCCCCUUUUCCCUGGUACUACGCAUCCCCAUAUUGGGCAAGUUCUCUUCCAUUCAUUCACCUGGCUCCAAGCAACAGAGCUAAGGCGCCACACACCACAGGUCAGUCGUAAAUCACGGUUGAGACAAUGUGGUCAUGGCACGGUCGUUAUAGGGUGCUCCCCAAGCCCACGGGCGCCCAGCGCCGCUUUCGGCGUGGUGAGAGACGCUGCUCGCUAGAUCAGUAGUCCGCAAAGGCACACACAGGCAACCACCACUUAGAAGGCAAGAAGGGGGACUGGGUUAAAAAUAAACAUCAGGCCAGAAAAUCGAGACAAAGAGAGUGAAAAUAAGAAAUAAAAAAUUCUGCUAAGGAGUCAUA